AUGGGAUCCGUCGUGCUUCCCCACCUGCCAUCAGGCUGGCACGUGGACCAAGCAAUUCUUUCAGAGGAAGACCGUCUCGUCGUCAUCCGCUUCGGCCGUGACCAUGACUCAGACUGCAUGCGGCAGGACGAAGUGCUGUACAAGAUCGCCGACCGCGUCAAGAACUUCGCCGCCAUCUACCUCUGUGACAUCGACAGGGUGCCCGAUUUCAACAACAUGUACGAGCUGUACGACCCCUGCACAGUCAUGUUCUUCUUCCGCAACAAACACAUCAUGUGCGAUUUCGGAACAGGUAACAACAACAAGCUCAACUGGGUCUUGGACGACAAGCAGGAGCUCAUCGACAUCCUCGAGACCGUGUUUCGGGGUGCCAAGAAGGGCAGAGGUCUCGUCGUGAGCCCCAAGGAUUACAGCACGAGACAUCGCUAUUGA